AUGUCCGCGCACGCCUCUUUCCUGACCGAUCGCCUGCUGCUGAGCAUCGUGCGUGACGACGGCGCCUUUGCCAACGUGCAGCGGGUGUGCCUCGCCGGUUGCAACAGGCUGACGGACUCGGCGGUGUGCAGGCUCCUGGACGUGUGCGGCGAGAACCUCGAGUGCCUGGAGCUCAGCGACUGCACGCUGAUCAGCACGUCCACGAUCGAGCACGCGGCGAGGGUGUGCCGCAGCCGCAAGGAUGGCAAGUCGUGCCUCGUGUUUCUCGACCUCGCCGGGUGUUCAAACGUCGACACCCUGGACGCGCUUCGAUUGACGGAAACCAACUUCGAGGCGCUGAGGGAGAUUAGGCUCAUGGGAACCUCGCGACUGAACGGGCGGGUGCCCCAGGACGAGUUCGUCGAGCUCGCGAGGGAGCUCGAGGCGCGACGCGCCAGGUGGAGGGACGGGAUUGGCAGGCGGCGGGAAGACGCGGUUCGACGCGCAGAGGCGGAUGACUCGCCCGGGACGGACGUCGGGAACACCGUGACCGCGGAGGACAUGAUGAACAUGAUCGAUCCCAGCGCCAGUUGCAUCGACUGCGCGUGCGGUGACGCGUCACGGGGUGAGGAGAUCGAGCCCUGGAUCCUCGAGGGGCGCGAGAAUGUUCCGGCGUGGGUCACGACGUGUUGCAUCCAGCCGGCGCUGUGCGUCGUGGAUUUGCCCAAGCGGGUGAAGCACUGGAAAACGAAACUCGACAUCUGGGAGGAGGGCACGGCUCCGAUCGCCGCUUGCGAUCACGCCAUGGUGAUGCAGGGGAACAUGAACGACCCGGGGCACCAGCACCAGCUGAACCUGCUGCCCGGGUGCGGGCACGUGCUGUGCGUGGACUGCGAGCAGCGUAGCAGGGUGCACAUGGUGCGGCGGCACCUGGACAACGAGUACGUGUACCCGUGUCCGCUGUGCGGGAUGGACAUGCCCAACCCGGGUGGCUUCGAGAUCACGCUCAACCCCUGA